AUGCGUAAACCUUUAAGAUGGCUAAUAACAAUAGCCUUCUACGUUUUGAACGUUAUAUUGAUAGGCUAUUCCCUUUCUAGUCAUGGUUCAAAAUCUGAGUUUUAUCUGCAUUCUGUUGUGCUUAUUGAAUGCUUUUCGUUAUUAGGACUGGUUACCUCUGACUGUUUAACACCAUCUCUGUCAUAUAUUUCCAGUAAUAUAUUCCAUAUCUCCGAUAGAGUAUCCGGCAUGACUUUAUUGGCAUUAGGGAACGCGCUCCCUGAUAUUACUAGUACUUACCAGUCGAUGAAAUCCGGAGUAACUUCAUUAGCCAUUGGUGAGCUAUUUGGUGGUAUAUUUUUUCUGUUAACUGUUGUAAUUGGACUAAUGGGCUGCGUAGCUACUAUUCAAUUUCAACAUGGCAAGUCUAUUGAAACUUAUACAGAAGAAAGUUUUGACCAAAAUUUGUCGUAUGAUAGAAGUCAUUACAUAUUGGAUGUCGGAAUAUUCACUUUUAUGCUCCUAGUUUCCGGCAUUUUUCUAGCAGAUGGAAGACUGUACUUUUGGGAGUGUAUCAUUAUGGUUUUAACCUAUUGCUGUUGUGCUGCAUAUUUGAUACAAAGCUAUAAAUAUCCCUGUGAUAUUGAUGACGCCUUAGAAAGAGAAGUUGUGAUAAAAAAAACUACACUUGCAAAUAGUCAUGUGACUGUUCCGAAUCACUUCACAUUAACAACCACAGGUGAUAUCACAUCUACAGACAAUGAAACAAGAUACAUAAGAUCCUUGGGGGAUACACAGAUUGAUGAGGACAGCGCCGUUAUUACCGAACCAACUCAUUUUCCAACCAAUUCUGUGGAUAACAUUUCGAGGUUUAAUCAAGGUGUACCAGAAAGAAGGGAUUUAAUAAGACGUAGAAUACGAGGAUAUUUACGAUCACACUAUCAUGGAUGGGUAAGAAUGACUUUGCAAGACCUUUUAAAUAUAUGGGAGAAGCAAAAUCUUUUUAACAAUGCAGUAAAAUCGUUGUCUUUACCUUCCGAUGAUACUCAUUUAUUUACUGAAGCCUCUUUAGAUGAAGAAGGGAGGCCGUUAAUAAGGAAAAGGAUAAACUCAUUACAGCCUAAAGAUUUUUACAAGUAUUUGUCUCCGCAAAAUGAGGAAAACUCUAAUGCACUGGAUACUGCGAUUUCAGCUCCCCAAAAUGAGCGCCAAAACUACUGUAAUGAACCCACGAGUUUGUUUUUGACUGUGCCACAGAAAGAAAGCUCCAAGAAAUCAUUAAGUUGUGAUCGCAUCCCAAACUUGGUCCGAGGUAAUAUUAUAUUCAAUGAUGAGGUCUCACGUACACAGGAUUCCACCAAUGCUAUGAACAGCAUAUCCGAUGUUGUCGACAACUCCCUUUUACAAUAUGAGGGGGAUAACGUAAUUCUCGAUGGUACAUUAUCUCUUUGUUCCACGAAGAGUAGAACCGCUUGGCAAAGUUUCCAGCUUUACAACUACUUGACAGAUAUGUCCUUGGAAAUUGCUUUCUUUGAGUUCUUGUCAUUAUUAGUUACCACACCGGUAUCAAUAAUUCUCUACCUUUCAAUACCAUCGGAAGCAAGACAAAAAGAACAUGACUUACCCCUUUCGUACCUGCAAAUUAUUCAAUUGAUUGCUUCACCAAUAAUUCUCAACCAACUGAUCAUAGAUGAUUUUUCAUAUUGGUUGCUCAUAUUAUCGCUUGUGAUAGCCAUCUUAUUAUAUUUCAAAACUAAGACCAUACCGAACAAGUUCAACUCGGAUAUAAACUUUACUGUAGCAUUUUUAUUGUCUUUGGCCUGUCUUUCGAAAGCUGUCCACAUAAUUGUAGUCACAUUAACACAUUGGAUAAAAGUGUUUAAUAUAUCGGAAACAAUACUAGGUUUAACCAUUUUUACAUGGGGUAAUUCGAUUGGAGAUUUGGUGUCAAAUAUUACAUUUGUUAGGAUAGGCGUUUUAGAAAUUGCGAUAGGGGCUUGUUUUGGCAGUCCACUUUUAUACUUCUUAUUUGGCGUUGGAUUUGAUGGGAUUAUGAUAAUGCUGGGCGACAAAACCGGGAAAAUAGUGGAUGGUAGAGAUAAUAGUAUUUUAAUGCGGCAUAUUGACUUUAAAGUGGAUAAAAAUUUAAUCAACACUGGAGUCGGAAUUCUGACCGCGUUUUUGAUAUUUACAGUUUUAAUACCAUUGAACGGCUGGAAGAUUGACAAGAAGAUUAGUAUUGCACUUCUUACGUUGUAUAUACUUGUCACAUGUAUUAGUGUUUUUCUGGAGGUUCGCCAAGUGUGA